UCCCUCUUUCUUUCUCUAUUUAAUACGCCUAGCCUGUCGCGCUUGUGUAUGUGUAUGCGUGUGUGUGCGUGCGUGUGUAUUUAUUUAUUUAUGCAUCUCAUCUGAAAGUACUUUUAUUAUUAUUAUUAUAAUUUUUUUAUUAUUAUUAUUAUUAUUAUUAUCUUUUUUUCCUUCUUUUUUUCCCUCUCUAAACAUUUUUCUUUUUUAGUCGCUCCUCAAAUGAGAAGACGUAAAAGAUGGAGCUUCACAUUUUAGAGCACAGCUUGAAAGUGGCGAGUAUAGAGAAAGAGGGGAUCCAGAUUUGCACUCACGGAUUAAUAAAACUCGCCUUCUUGGCCUCUAAAACAAGAUGCAAGUUUUUCAGUUUGACAGAGACUCCGGAGGACUACACCAUUAUCGUCGAUGAGGAAGGCUUUAAAGAGCUGCCUGAGUCAGAGCACAUCAGUGUUGCUGAUGCCACAUGGUUAGCCCUCAACGUGGUGUCAGGGGGCGGCAACGCCUCCAGUUCGCAACCCAUUGGAGUCACCAAAAUCGCUAAAUCAGUCAUUGCACCGCUGGCCGACCACAACAUCUCUGUUUUCAUGCUGUCGACGUAUCAAACGGACUUCAUUCUGGUUAGAGAGCGAGACCUGCCGAUGGUCAUGCACACGCUGUCUUCCGAAUUCACUUUGCUUCGGGUCGUCAAUGGAGAGACUGUUGCUGCUCACAAUCUGGGAGUCACCAACGGCUUUGUAAAGCCAAAACUUGUGCCCCGCCCCAUCAUUCACCCGUUAUCCAGUCCCAGCAACAUGUUCUGUGUGACCAGCUUGGACCCAGACACGCUGCCCUCUGUAGCCACCCUGCUCAUGGACGUCAUGUUUUACUCUGGAGGGCCAAAGGAGCCAGUAGCAUCCAGCGAGGACUCGAGCCACAUCCGCUUCUUCUCCUUCUCGCUGAUCGAGGGCUACAUCUCUCUGGUCAUGGAUGAACAGACGACUCAAAGGUUUCCAAACAAUGUCCUCUUCACCAGUGCCUCUGGUGAGCUUUGGAAAAUGGUUCGAAUUGGGGGACAACCGUUAGGAUUUGAUGAAUGUGGCAUCGUGGCUCAAAUAUCAGAACCUCUGGCAACAGCUGACAUUCCAGCUUACUACAUCAGUACCUUCAAAUUCGACCACGCUCUGGUUCCUGAAGAAAACAUCCAAAGUGUCAUCGGCGCUCUGAGGACCGAGAGCUCAGCGCAGUGAAGGAAGCCGGCGGAAAAAAAAACCGAUGAAAACAACCGGUUUUCAAAGUCAUUUCGUUUAUCAUGUCCAAAAAGUGCCAAGAGCUUAUAUGCGGACUACUGUGGAUCGGCUCUGACAGGAAGGGAUCUAACCACAAAAGCGUGGGUGGCGUAUGAAGGAGUGUGGCAGUGUGUUAGGGAUGCCUUUGUUACUCGGUCAUUUUCUUUACCCUCACCUCCUCCUUCCUUCAUUUGGCACUUGAGGCCUCCACUGCCUGCUCUGGUAGUUGUUGCUUUAGUUUACCAGAUGGAAUUUGUUUCUUUUCCUCUCUAAAGCUGCUUCUUCCCACUCCCUGACCCCUCACAAGCACCAUACUGUAUUAGUUACAUAAUUCCUCUCAUGGAAGGAUGACGAAUGUACUCUCAAAAUCGAAAGAAAUAUUCUAUAUAUAUAUAUAGACAUAUAUCAAGCUCUCCAUUUUCUUUUUUUUUCUCCUUUUUUUUUGUGUUUUUUUUCAACAGGUCAUUUCUCAGUGCCAAGAUGUUUGAAUGCCUAAACUGAUGCCUUUGUCAAAAUACAUGUGUGCAAUUGAAGGAGACCAUCUUGGAGACAACCAGCAAUGCCAAGCGGCCUGGUUCAGUCAUGUAUGGUGUGUUUUUUUGUUAUUUUUUGUUGUUUUUUUUGCUUUUUAUUAGCUGUUGAACAUUGUUUUAAUCACAACAAUGAUCUUACUUGUUGGGAGUCCCUCAGUCCCUCAAUGUUAAAUUCAGAGGCCUCGUGAUGCUUGGUCUGGUGAAGCAUGAAGUGAAUCCAUCAUCCUCUUGAUGAGGGAUUAUUCUUUUAGUGCUCUCAUAAGUAAGAUGCAUUCACACUGUGAGCAACCUGGUUUAUCAGUCACUCAGUAUUAGCAGAUUUUAUUUAGGGUUAGGGUUUUUUUUGGCAAGAAAGCUCAAUUUGUGUAGCAUUAAUCAUCGCAUGUUAUCGCACCAUUUACAUUGAUUUUCUAUGUAGACUUGCUGCUCAAUUCGUGUCAGACGCUUUUGGUGUGAACGCCCCGUAAGGAGUCGAAUGUUCAAUUUUAUCUGUUAAGUACAUUUUCUUUUAAUGGUUUUAAACCUAUUUUAAAGCUGUUACCUUGCUAACUAAAACUAUUAUUAACCAUAGACAGUAAAUGCAUCGUGCCAAACAAGGGUCAGCUCCACCAUCUCAGUAAUACAAUAUUCACUUUUUGCUAAGAGUUAUUAGAUGAGAGGAUAGAUACCACGCUCGUGUCUGCUUUAAACCAAGAGGCAAUUAUCUUAGCUUAGCAUAAAGACUGGAAAAGGUUAGUCUGGCUCUGUCCAAAAUUUAAAAAACAUACCUAGGAGCAUCUCUAAACUUUACUAACAACUAUUUGUGAGCAAGUGGCAAAUGAAAUAAAUAGUUACACUACAUAAAAGCUUUUAUUUUGACAGCUGAUGACAGUAAAAACAGUAAAAAGCUCGACCAGCAAACCUUCUACUUGGUAGAAAUUUGACGUUUUUUUAUUUAAUUUUUUUGGUCUUUUCUGAUGACUCAAAGAUCACGUUGCUCACGGUGUGAACCCACCAGUAAGACCUGAUGAUAAAUGCAAUGAUGAAUAUGUUUGCCUCGAGUAAUAAAUUACUGAGCCACUUUGACAGUGUACUAGAAUAAAGGCAGUUGUAAGUGCGCUAAACUAGCGCAACUAGCUAAGGUUCACACAGGGAAGGAACAUCUCCCUCCAAGCCCUGGUGUCCAUUGCGGUCUUGAAUCCCCCCCCUCCCCUGCCCCAGUCUGCACUUUAAUGCAGGUCCCAUCCCCACAGACCUGCUGUACUGAUGUGAAAAUGGGGAGGGCUAUUUACUUUAGAAAGAUCCUGCCCUUAUGGGGAGAUUUCUGUUGGUCUUAAGCAUUUGGUAAUGAUGUUUUUUUGUUUUUUCUUUUCUUUUCACCUUGCACCUAACAACUUUUCUUCUGAUCACAUCUGAUUAGUAGAAACUCUGUAUUUUAUCAGUGUUAAACCAUGAGAAAGGUGACAUUUCUUCUGAUUCCAUUUCAAAGAAAAAAGAAAAAAAAGGUUUUCAUUUGGAACUUCUUGUGUGGAAAAAAAUAAACAAGCUUUUUUUGGA